AUGAAGAUGAUGACAAAGACUGCUGAGGAUGCUAACGAUGAUGCUGAUGACCCUAACGAUGACGAUGACUCUGACGACGAUGAUGACCAUGGUAAUGUUGAUGAUUACGAUGACGAUGACAUGGCGAAUGCUGACGAUUAUUUUCGUGACGUUGACGAUGAUGCUGAUGAUGCAGCUAACGAUGACGAUGACGAUGAUGACGAUGAUGAUGAUGAUAGUGAUGCUGACAAUGACGGAUGCUGACGAUUUAGUUGAUGACGCUAACGAUGUCAGUGAUGCUGACGAUGAUGAUGAAGAUGAUGAUGAUAAUGAUGCUAAUAUGUUCUUGUACUUAGAUGAAGAAACCCCACAGCUCAGUAAAUGGCCAAGGCGUCUUCACCUGGUGAGCACCUUUUUCCUUCUUUAAUUGCUGACUCGAUCUCCAGUCGCCUCUCUUCUCGCUCAGAUGCCGUAAUAGUCUCACUUGACCAUUCACUGGCCAAAAGAGUCAAAAGAGAAGGCUGAGAACGAGUCAUCUUCAUAAUAGUAAAGGCAAAGACCUAUAACCUGAAACUAGAAAUGUCAUUGAAGGCACCUGUACCUAUAAUAAAAUUAAGGAUAUUUAACAAUUAUUCCUCGAGCCCGAAUGGGCUCUAAGUCAAUAGCCCAUGAAGCCGAAGGCCAGAUAAGCUAUUGACUCAGAGGCCAUGAGGGCGAGAGGAAUAACUGUUUUAGUAAAAUCCAACUAGUUGGACAAAAAUAUCGAGAUAAAACAACUUUUGCUAGCAAAACCCGAUUCAGCCGCCAUUAUUUUUGUUUUCAAAGCCGGCGCUUUUCGCCACCAGUGGGCUUUAACAUACAGCCUAGUAGUAGCUCAACCAAUCAGAACGCGCAUUCAUAAUGACCACUAGUUGGAUUUUACUAAAACAAAACCACAAAAAUACUCUGCGGCUAUAGUAAAAUAAACCUGGGAGAUUCUUAUUUAAAAAUUGACAAAAAAGGUGAUUCCAAAUUGUUUUGUUCCAACAGCACCCAUGAGGAAAAGAGUGCAAUUUAAGAGUCCAUAUUUCGUAUUGGACGAAGAUUGUGGAUGUACUUGCACGACUCUACCACCCUAUGUGGAGGAGAAAGCAAGCAAAGAUGAACUUUAA